AUGCCCCGGAUAAUUUUCAUCGAUUUGAGCGAGGACUGCCUUUUCCUGAAUAUCCUGACGCCUUCUGACCUUCAAAGCACCCACCCAGUGAUGGUAUUCAUCCACGGGGGUGGUUUCGCCAUCGGAAACACUGAGGAAUAUGGCUACAAGAAGCUUGUAGAUCACUUUGUUGCCAAGGGCAUUGUUGUCGUCACUAUUCAAUAUAGACUGGGACCUCUUGGCUUCUUCUCUCUCGGAGAUGCGACUGCGCCUGGAAAUAUGGGUCUCUGGGAUAUGGCGACGGCUCUGGAAUUCUUGCAUGAUGUCCUCCCCGCCUUCGGAGGCAACAACUCCUUCGCCCUGGCCAAGGAGGUUGGAUGCCAGAAAAACAACGAAAAGGACACCCGGAAAAUCCUGGACUGCAUGAGGGAGAGGACAGCGCAGGAGAUUCUGGACGGUGUUGAUAGGAUUGGACCUAGCCGCACGCAUCCGAACGUCUGCGAGUUCCACCCAGGAUUGACGGCGAAUUCUUCCCCGUAUCCUCUGGAUCAGAUGCUUAAGACGGCUCAGCCUAAGCCUGUUCUUUCUGGCUUUACGGAUCAGGAAUCGGCGAUUUUUGCCGGCGGCUUCGAGGGCUACCCGGCCUUCAACGGCGUCCGGCUCACGAAGGAGGACCAGAAGAACUUUACUCGAGACGUGUUCUUCAAGUUCAUCUCCGAAAACGUAGCUACUGAACAUGAGCAUGGUACCGUUGUUUUAAUGGGUCCCUUCCUCGACCUCCUCGAAGAGUACUACAUCAAGCGCGACGCUCCGGCAAAACCAGACACCAAAUUUUACGUUCAGAGGUAUACUGAGCUCCUCUCCGAUCUGAUGUUCGUCGUCCCAACGCUCCACGAUCUCGAGCUAAGGAGACUCCAAAAUUGGCCCAGCUGGCUGUACCAAAUCACCUACACGUCGUCGCUUGAGAAGAAGCUGGAGCGUGAUAAUAGGGGAGCCUGGCACGCCACCGAGCUGAAGUACCUCUUCGACAUCUUCGGGAUCAAGGAUGAGGAUUUAGCGCCGGAAGACACCAAAUUCCAGAAGGCUUUCGUCGACAGUUUGGCCAAUUUUGUGAUUAAUGGUAACCCCUCCACCGACUCAUUCAAAUGGGACCAAGUUUCGAAGGAUAAGCCCCGACCUGGUUAUGCCAGACUUUGCCGAGACCCCGAAAAUGGAAAAGACCUUCGACCAGGCAAAUCGAUUGAAUUCUGGUUAAAGAGAAUUCCAAAGGCCGUCGGAAGCGAUCACCUGAGCAAGAGCCGACUCCCCGGAGCCCAUGCCCACCGUGUGCACACUGAACUA